UAGAAUAACUUCCACACACACACAAACACACCAUAAUCACCUCCCUCCCACCUUCAAAGGUGACUGAGUUGGUGUGUGAAGGCAGCUGAAAUUUAGUCUAUGAGGAGCUUCGCCUGACUUCAUCAUGGGUUUUUCUCUCUACCUCCUGACUCUGCAUCUUCUCCUUUCCCGCUGCACAGCUAACUGGUGUUAUCAAAACCAGAAUGCCUGUGAUGAACCAUGCAGAGACCCCAACCACUGGGCUACUCAAUUCCCUAAAUGUGGAGGGUUACGCCAGUCACCGAUUAACAUUGUGACCAGCAAAGUCCACAUCGACAUCGCCCUGUCACCUUUCAACUUCAUUGGCCACACCGACACAAUCAACAUGACAGUGGAAAACAAAGGGCACUCUGCCCACUUUGCUUUGCCGCCGUCUGUUCGAUUCAUUGGGGGAGCUCUGCCAGGUCACUACAGAGCCGCCCAAUUUCACCUCCACUGGGGAGGGAAUGGGAGACCAGGAUCAGAGCACACCAUUGACGGAGAGAGAUUCCCCAUGGAGAUGCACAUAGUCCACAUUAAGGAGCCGUACAGCUCUCUGGCAGAGGCCGAACAUGACACAGCAGGUAUAGCUCUGCUCGCCUUCCUGUUUGAGGAAACAGCGGAGGAUCAUCCUCAUUUGGACACAGUAAUAGAUGCGCUGGGCCGAGUACAAAACAACGGCAGCAUCACAGUGAUCCCAAACUUUAGACUCAGUGACAUUAUCCCAGCUGCAAAGGACCUACAAGGUUACUACCGCUACGUGGGCUCCAUGACAACGCCGGGAUGUGAGCAGGCAGUUGCCUGGACAGUGUUUCACAGGAAGCUGGCCAUCAGUAGUCGACAGCUGGAUGCGAUAGUUAAGCAGUGUCGCUUUUGGACAGGGCAGCCCAUGACUGACAUUUUCAGACCUACGCAGCCGCUGGAUGGCAGGAUUGUGUACUCCUCAAAGUCGGGUACAGCUCAGACAACUGCGACACAUUUUUGGUGUCUGUUUUUAUCAUUUGUGACUGUUACGCUGGGUCUGGCACACUGAACGAGCAGCAAGAAAUGGGCAUAGUCUUCAAGUCUGAACAGCGAAACCAACGCACAAAGUCUUAAAUCUGCAUUUUUUCUAAUGGCCAGCAGGGAGUGAGUUCUCAAAGUCUGAUUGUAUAUAUAGUUCUGUGAAAAAGUAUUUGCCCCCUCCCCCCUUUAUAACCCCUUCCUUGGGUUAUAACUUCAGUAAACAUUUUCUUGAUGAAUCUUAGUCACAUGAUAAAGCAUGAUGUAUCAUUAGUAAGUAAUGGUCCCUUUUUUAGUUAAACAGAAGAUAAGUACAUAGAGCUAGAUACACACAGCUCAGCCUUCCUCUGUAGAUCAGAGGGUAUGCAAAAAUUAGAGAUGCAAAGAAAUUGUUUUUUAAAAAUGCCACUGCUUCCUUUAGAGGAACUGGUCUCAGUCUCCAAACUAAUUCGGUAGUGGUGUGAAAAUGAUCAGGGGAAGUUUUGACCUAAAUGUGAGUGCAUUCUGCUCCUGUAGCCUGAUGUCCCAGCUAUGGUGGAGCAUGCAAAGAGUGGCAGCUUCCACAGUAAUACUAGUUAAAACAGCUAGCUGGGCGUGUUUCAUAAUGCAAACAUAUAUGUGCUAUUUAAGAAGACCUUCUUCCUAUAUUUACUUUCUUCCUCCCCACCUUAGACAUAUCUGAGCUACAUGAACGUUUUCUGGUGAUUUGAAGGGAUGCAUGGUGAUUCUUUGGGAUUUUUCUCUUUGUGGAAAGAAACUGAAACAAAGAAAAACAAACCAAUCAACUGAUUCAGACCAGACCAAAUUAAAACUUUGAAACCAUAAAACAGCACCAUCUUCAUCUCAAACAGAAAUUUGUAUGAUGAUCAAAUUUAAUUAGGACAUUCAAUUAAGUUCAGUUUUAUUUAUAUGGCGACAAAUCACAACAACAUCACAGCAGUUGCCUCAAGGCGCUUAUAUAAAGAUGUCACACUGGCAGCGUUAUUCUUUCUUUAACUUUGCCAUCUUAAGCAUGCUGACUUCAGCUGAAGUCACCCAGCCGCUAACAUGGCAGUAGAUUUGAAUUUGAAAGUAUUACUAACUGUAAUUAUGUCAGUAUUUCUGACCUAGGAAACAGAAAUCCAACAUAGUAUGUGUGUGAGCUUUAGUAACCUGCAGCACUUAGGGCUUUAGAGACCUUUAUUUUCAUGGGGGGAGGUCAGUUUUUAAUAUUCAUGUUUUAAUGCUUUAUAUUAACACUUAUUUUCUCCUAGAUAUUUUUGUGGACAAAAGUAAUAAACAGAUAUAUAGAAUUAGAGGUUUAACAUAUUUUUCAAAACAUGAGAGACUCUUAAAAUAUUAACCUUUAUUCUACUAUUUUUGUUAUUGCUUUUCAUGUAUAUAUAUUUGUAUCUUUGUUGUUUAGAGAGUUUAACAAAGUAUUUGGUAAUUAAGGCAUCUCAUAAAUGUACCCAUUUUAAUUAAGAUCUAAACUCCAGCAAUCCAACGAGCAGGGAUAGCUCAGUAGGUUGAGUGGACGCCCCAUGAUCAGAAGGUCGGGGGUUUGAAUCCACUGAACGGCUACCCUGAGGUACCACUAAGCAAGGUACUGUCCCUACAAACUGCUCCCUGGUGCGCCUGCUUAGUGGCUUCACUGAGUGAAUGGGUCAAAUGCAGAGAGAGUAAUUUCCCCACGGGGAUCAAUAAAGUAUACAUUAUUAUUAUUAAUCCUCUGCCAGAGUAAUAAUUUGUUCUUGACUUCUUAUGAUGUGCAAAAUCCACAUCUGUAUAUGAUGAACAGUCAUGAAAUACACGCUGGGUGAAAAUAUAAAGCCAAAACUUCACAGUCAGUAAACUAACAGCUGACGUCAGUGGAUUUAUCUGAACCCUUAAGGUACUGUGAGUGAGACUGAUUUUACCAAUUUGGAUUUCUACUGAUUCAAUUAGAUCAGUUUAAAAUGAAUGAAACUGACUGUUUUAAGCACCAUGGAAAUAAAUCUGCCUUGCAGUUCAUUCUGCCCUGGUCAAUUGUGUUUAUCAUAGCUGACUGUUAGUAACUUUGUUCCUAUACAACAGGAAACCAUGCUUGCAUUACAUGACUUCACUGGUUAACGGCCACACUGGAGCAUUUAAAUAAACAGGAUUUGAUUGGCUGACAGCUGCACUGGCACUUCAGAGUUUCUCUCAAUUGUCAGCGCAGGUGUGAAUCCUGCCUAAACCUGCCAUAAAGUAAUGUUGGA